GUCCUGUCAGUCGUCAGCUUGACGCUCCGCUGCUAUCUUCGUCUUUUCUAUGGACGGAGGAGCCACAUAUUCAGCUAUGUUUAAUGUUGUGUUAGCCGUCAACGGAUUGAGAUAAGAUGGACACCGUCACGACAGACUCUUGUGCGGCUGAGGAGGACGAGUGCUCGGACUCAGAGGUUUUAUGUUUGAUGAGAGUCGGGAGAAACUCAGACUGGCUUCGCUUGUUCGAAAACACUGAGAUCUCCAUCGGACGUGGUGUGGAUGUGACCUACCAGCUGCUGUCUUCAAGCUGUCCUCUGAUGAUCUCCAGACUUCACUGCACUUUUAAACAAAGGGAUGAUGGCCAGUGGACUGUAACAGAUAGAAAGAGCCUCAAUGGUGUGUGGGUGAAUGGAAACCGCAUACCUUCUGAAGAAUCCCAUCAGCUGAGGCUCGGCGACUCCAUUCAACUUGGGGUUCCUGUAAUUGGAACCACAGCGGAGUUCGACUACAUCCUUGUCCAGCGGCCCCUCAAAGACAUCAAACUCAACCUGAUAAAAGGACAAAAAGAGGGCGCCAAAGCAGCUCAUGUUACAAAGAAGACCAAAAGGAAGCUGGCUGUGGAAGAAGUUGAGCCAUCUACCUCCAAACCAAAACUGUACCGCUGCUCGUCUUCGGACAAGUCCUUUGCAAAGCCAUGCCCUCUAACACCAGUGACCCCCCUCCGAAGGCUCAGUCACACCCAGCCAGAGGAAACCGGAACCAGCGGACAAGUCCAGGAAAUAGACAGGCCCUCAGAUGACUUCAGCUCCACCUGUGAUCAGGACAACUUGCAAAUGUACAGCCAGAACAUCCUGCUGCUGAAAGAGAAGGUGGAUGACACGGAGAGGCAGGUCGCCUAUCUGGGUGGCGAGCCUCAGCAGACUGAUCCGCUGAGAGAGGAGCAGGUGAAGGAGCUGCAGGGUCAGCUGGAGACGCUCAGAACCAAGAUGCACUGCAUGGAGACGUUAGAGAAGUCCUUCAGUGAGACUAAGAGGCAGCUAGAGGCUCAGAAAACGCAGCAACAAGAGGAGCUCAUGAAGAAGCAGCUGGAAGAGGCCUUACAAGAGCAAAGAAAAGUUAUAGAUGAACUCGCCCUUUCUCGACGAGGCUUUGAAGAGAUUCUCUUGGCCAAAAACAAAGAACUGGAAGUGACAAAGGAGGAGAAAGAAAAGGCGAGGGCCCAGAAGGAAGAAGUAGUUACACAAGUAACUGAAGUUCUGGAGAACGAGCUUCAGUGCAUCAUCUGCUCCGAACUCUUCAUAGAGGCCGUCAUCCUGAACUGCGCGCACAGCUUCUGUUGUUUCUGCAUCAAACAGUGGCGCAAAAAGAAAGACGAGUGUCCGAUCUGCAGACAGGCCAUCCAGUCCCAGACCCGCUGUCUGGCCCUGGACAACUGCAUCAACAGCAUGGUCGAAAACUUGAGCCUGGACAUGAAGGCCAGGCGGCUGACCCUCGUCUCUGAGAGGAAAGCAGCUGAGUCGGCUCAGCUGAUCCAGGUGAUCCAUGACGACGACAGCAGCAGGAGCAGCGACAGUGACAGCGGCAGCAUGGUGUCCAUAGACAGCAUCCUCAGCUCUGUGGUCUCUGUGGACACAGACAGCAGCAUCCACUUGGACUCCAGUUCUCCUUACAGCGGGUACUCUGAUGAUAGUGUCGAUCAGUCUGAGGAUUAGCUCCUGUGGCCAGUGGGCGGUAAUGUGAAUCGGACUCUCUGGCGCCGUUGUUUUGCGUUCUCCGAAGAAUAUUACAGCAGGACAUUAAAGCUGGUGCACAAAGUUUGGUCUCAUCAAGAGUCCAUUUACUAGAUUCAUUUGAGGUUUGUUUUUCUUUUUGUUGAAAUAUACGUUGUCUUAUUGUCUUUAUUUACAUCAAAAAGAAUAAAGUUUAUUCGGUAGCAUUCUCA